GGGAAAAAGAGUAUUCGGAGUGGGUGAAGCAGGGAAGACUAGAGAGGAAGGCCGGACUGGUGGAAGAUAGCGGGACUGAGAGGGGAAGGCUGGUCAGAUGGAGUUGCGCCACGCCCCCUCCCCUGGAGAGGGAGCAAGAGAGAGCAGAGCUUGAGUUCGGGACACAAGAUUGUGGGAUUGGAGAAGAGAGAUUCACAUAUUAGUUCUCCUUCUCAUGUUGCAGGUCUUUCAUUUGACCCUGGAAGCAUGUGUAUAAUGCUGGAGAGAAGGGCAGAACGGAGAGAACGAAUCUACAUGCGUUUAAACGGGGUUUUUCUGCACGGAAAAGCUACAACAUUCCACUUCUAUCAAACGUGCGAUGGGAGACCAAAAUCGUGGCACACCAUGAUAGUGCAACGUAUAUCCAAACAGACCCGUAUACGUGACUCUAUUUUCACCCUCCUCUACGCAACCAAAUCCUCUUCUUUGCUUGCCCUUUUCCUCUUUGAUUUCUUCUCCGCUUGGAUUGAAUUCCGUAGGUUAACCUCAUUUUCCUAACUGGUUUAGACCCCUUAGUUAUUGAACAUUCAGUGGCUCCGUCCUGUUUCGUUUCUGGGUGGCUUUUUUUUUUUUUUUUUGGGGCUCCCCAUCGUCUGCUUUUUCCUUCCCUCUAGCCCAAAUCUCCUUGGUUGCUGGUGUAUGUUCCAAUAUUAAAAUAGUCUGCCAAAAAAAAAUAAUAAUAAUGAUAGAGCAAAAUGAGGGGUCUGCAGAGCCAUCUCUUGCCCAGCAAUUCGGCUUCUCCAGGAAGAAGUCCUUGAAGAGGAAGGCCCAAAGAGCAUUCAAUAAGAAGGCUAACUCAGUUGAUGUGCAGGCAGAGGAUUCAACAAGAAUUCAUAAUGACAAAAGUGAUCCUAGGGUUAGCAUUUCAUUUUUUGAUUAUUCAGUGGAAAAUUUUUUCAAAGCCAUGGGCAUGAUUGAUAAGCUUUGUGGGGAAGAGGUGGAUUCUUAUUUGGAGCAGAGUGAGAUUCAGAGACUUUCUGCCUCUGUCACUUUCUUGAGAGAAUGGAGGCAUUUUCAGUAUGAACCUAGAAGUGUUAAGUUUGCUCGUGGAUUUGGAAACCCUGAGGCAAAAGAUGUAAUCAACUGUAUAAACUUACCUCAAUUUUCAUCUGCUGCCAUUCCUAAGGAGGGGCUACUUGGCGAUGUCAGAUCUCAUGAAUCAAGAGAUUCUGUAUUGUAUGUUGGGGGUCCUGUGUGGGCAUUGGAUUGGUGUUCUCAGAUUCAUUUGAAGCCUGAUAGUUCGGUUAAAUGUGAGUUUCUUGCUAUUUCUGCUCACCCACCUGGAGCUUCUUAUCACAAGAUGGGUAGCCCACUCACUGGUAGGGGUCUUGUACAAAUAUGGUGCCUUUUAAAUAGCAGCAAAAUCAAUGAAGAAGCAUGGCCUCCUCCAGGGAAGAGUAAAAGAGGACAUAAAAACAAGGGAACUGGAAAUGACAAUUCAACACAAAUAAAAAGGGCAAGAGGAAGAGCUCGAAAAAAUCGAAUUGAAGUAGCAGUGACUGAUAUGAUUUCUGAGAUUCAUUGUGCUCAGGCUCUUGUGCCAGAUGGAGUUUUAGAAAAUGUUAAUGAGGUAUGUCCUCCUGCAGAAAAGAGCAUACAAGAUCCUGCCAAAAGUGGAGCCCCACAUGAAAAAUUAACUCAAGUAAAGAAGCGUAGAGGAAGACCUAAAAAGAAUUCAAAUGAAGCAGCAGUGAGUGAUUUGAAUUCUGCGGUUGGUUGUGCUCAAGCUCUUGUGCCAGAUGGAGUUUUAGAAAAUGUUAAUGAGAUAUGUCCUCCUGCAGAAAAGAGCAUACAAGAUCCUGCCAAAAGUGGAGUCCCACAUGAAAAAUUAACUCAAGUAAAGAAGCGUAGAGGAAGACCUAAAAAGAAUUCAAAUGGAGGAGCAGUGGGUGAUUUGAAUGCCGGGAUUCAUUGUGCUCAAGCUCUUGUGCCAGAAGGAGUUUUAGAAAAUGUUAAUGAGGUAUGUCCUCCUGCAGAAAAGGGCCAACAAGAUCAUACGAAGAAUGGAGUCACAAAUGACAAAUUGACUCAAAUAAAGAAGCGUAGAGGAAGACCUAAAAAGAAUUCAAAGGAAGUAGGAGUGAGAGAUCUGAAUCAUGGGAAUCAACAUGUGGAGGCUCUAGCAGUUCAAAUUCCUGAAAAUUCUGCUGAAUUUUUUGCAGAUGGAGUGCCUAGCAAUUGUGAAGAAUAUAGUUUGCAACCAGGCUCUAAUGCCAUGUGCAAGUGCUCUGACAAAUCUGUAUCUGCAUGCACCACUAUGAUGGAAAAGCCCAUUAGAAGUAGUAGGUUCGAAACUAAUUGUAGGGAAGGUAAGUUUAGCCAUGAUAGAAGUCCCCCGCUGUUGGCACAGCAUGAGGAUGAUGUAAAUCAACCAACUUGUAGCUCAGAAGUGCAUCUUGGCAGAGCUACUGGUUCUAUUCCAGAAUAUGUUGCUUUGCCUAGAAUUGUGUUAUGCCUAGCACAUAAUGGGAAGGUAGCAUGGGAUGUGAAGUGGCGACCUUCUAAUCCUUCUGAUUCCAUUUGCAAGCACAGAAUGGGAUAUCUUGCUGUCUUGUUGGGCAGUGGAUCUCUAGAAGUGUGGGAGGUACCUAGUCAUCUCGCAUUAAGAGCAAUUUAUAAGCAUGAAGAGUCCACAGAUCCAAGGUUUAUAAAAUUGGAGCCUGUAUUUAAAUGUUCAAUGUUGAAGCGUGGUUGCUUACAAAGCAUCCCGUUGACUGUGGAAUGGUCUGUUUCACCACCACAUGAUUAUCUGCUUGCUGGGUGCCACGAUGGAACGGUCGCUUUAUGGAAAUUCUCAAGAAGUACCUCACCGAAAUGUGAUGAUACAAAGCCAUUGCUUUGUUUUGCUGGUGAUACAGUUCCUAUUAGAGCAGUUGCAUGGGCUCCAUUUGAAGGCGAUCCAGAGAGUUCAAAUAUUAUAUUAACUGCUGGGCAUGAAGGCCUGAAGUUUUGGGAUCUACGUGAUCCAUUUUAUCCGUUGCGGAAGCUCCAUCCUGUUCCAAGGAUCAUAUAUAGUCUAGAUUGGCUGUCAAACCCAAGUUGCAUUAUUAUGACUUUUGAAGAUGGAACGAUGAGAACCCUUAGCCUGAUGAAGGCUGCAAAUGACCUACCUGUGAGUGGUAAAAGAAUAAGUGGAAAAAAACAGCCCGGAUUGCAUAGUUCCUCUCGUUCAUCCUUUGCUAUUUGGAGUGUUCAUGUAUCAAGAAUAACAGGUAUGGUUGCUUAUUGUGGUGCAGAUGGUUCUGCCGUCCGUUUUCAGCUUACUGCUAAGGAAGUGGAGACAGAUCAUGCCCGCAAUCGGGUCCCCCACUUUCUUUGCGGGUCACUCUCAGAGGAAGAAUCGGCACUCACUGUUAUCACUCCUGUAUCAAAUGCCCCUUUCCCAGUGAAGAAGUCUUUUGACAAGGGUCGGCAUGCUGCAUCAUCUUUCCGGGGAUUUUUAUACGAGUCAAAUGUAAAUGGGAAUGUGAAUACUCAGAUGAUGACAGAUUGUAAUUCUAAUCCUGAUUCUCAAGCUUUAGUACUCUAUAAUGGUGACAAUUCGGGUUUGGAAUUGGCUCCUGAGGAAGCACUGACUGCUACGCAAAGGCCCAACAAACCAAAAUCAAGUGGUAGCAAUAAGAAAAAACCGUUAGAUAGACAAGCUUUAGUGUGUAUAGAUGGUGAGAGUGGAGGUGAUCUAGAAGGUGAUAAUGAAAUUAGCGGAGGGAGUGUGCCUGAAGCUUUUCCUCCCAAAAUAGUAGCUUUGCAUAGGGUGAGAUGGAACAUGAACAAGGGUAGUGAGAGGUGGUUGUGCUAUGGAGGAGCAGGCGGAGUUGUUCGAUGCCAGGAAAUUGUUUUGUCUGAUAUUGAUAAGAAAUAUGCCACCAAGAGAUGAGUAAUGUUAUCAACCUAUAUAAUUGGGGAGUUAAGGUGAUUACAUCCUUCAUGAUCUGUGUAUAGCUGCACAUUCUGUGGUGGGUUAAUACUUGCUUUGGAGGUCUACGAGGCUGGUUAGGUGGGCAUCUUCUGCAUCUUCGAUGUUCUUUUCUUGCCCACGGCAAACCUUCCGCUUCCUACAUCCGUACAAGAAAUUAAGAUUUUCAGAGACGUCCAUUCUUGGGGGGGCCAACAAAUGCGGAGAUACAGUCUGUAAUUUCCUCAGUUGCCCGCUGUGCGUUGUCCAUCUCCGAUUUUUCGUUUUCAUAGUUACUGCCGUUGUUUCCAUCUCUAAACUGGGAGGGAUUUUCAUGUACAGGAUUUGAGAAAACAUUUCACUUUCCAACGCAUGUGAUAUUCGGAUUUAAAAAAAAAAUACAAAUAUUUGAAUAUUUAGAAAUUACUUAUGAA